AUGGCACCAUCAGCAACCAAUGGUGAUGGCGUCAACGGUAUCACCAAGGUGAAUGGCCAGACGACCGGCACUCAGCUGAAAGCGACCGCUCCCGCAUUUCACCCAGCUGGUACUCCUGACCGAUCAAAGUACCACGCUUCAACUUCCGAUGAAGCCAUACACGCCGAGCACCAGUAUGCCGCCCACAAUUACCACCCCCUGCCGGUUGUCUUCGCCCGAGCAUUGGGAACGACUGUGUGGGACCCAGAAGGCCGAGAAUAUCUGGACUUCCUGUCCGCAUAUUCUGCCGUGAAUCAGGGCCAUUGCCACCCCGAACUGGUCAAAGCCCUUGUUGAACAAGCCUCGACACUCACCCUGAGCUCGAGGGCAUUUUACAAUGACGUAUUUCCCCGUUUCGCAGAGUUUGUCACCAAGUACUUCAACUUCGACAUGGUUUUGCCGAUGAAUACUGGUGCUGAGGCGGUGGAGACAGCAGUCAAGAUCGCCAGGAAAUGGGGAUAUAAAUCCAAGGGCAUACCCCAUGACGAGGCAAUCGUGCUCAGCGUGGCGGAGAACUUCCACGGGCGGACGUUUUCUGCCAUUUCCAUGUCCACGGACCCCGAAUCUCGCGACAACUAUGGCCCCUAUCUGCCCGGUGUCGGCAGCAUCUCUCCAGCGACGGGCAAAGUCAUCCCCUACAAUGACAUUCCGGCCGUCCGCGCGGCAUUCGAAUCCCACGGCGACAAGAUUGCGGGAUUCCUCGUGGAGCCAAUUCAAGGUGAAGCCGGCAUUGUGGUCCCUGACGACAGCUACCUGACUGAGCUUCGCGCACUGUGUGAUAAACACAAUGUGCUGCUCAUCUGCGACGAGAUCCAAACAGGUAUCGCCCGCACGGGGAAGCUUCUCUGCCACGAAUGGGCCGGAAUUAAGCCCGACCUUGUUCUCCUCGGUAAAGCCAUCUCUGGUGGAAUGUACCCGGUCUCGUGCGUUCUCGGCCGCAAAGAUGUGAUGCUCACGAUCGAACCCGGUACACACGGCUCCACAUACGGCGGCAACCCGCUGGGUUGUGCAGUUGCCAUUCGCGCUCUUGAGGUCGUCCGUGACGAGAAGAUGACUGAACGGGCAGAGAAACUCGGACAAAUCUUCCGUGACGGACUAAGAGAUUUGAACUCGGAGUUGAUCAAGACGGUCAGGGGUAAGGGACUGCUGAAUGCAAUUGUCAUUGAUGAGGCGAAGACGAACGGACACAGUGCGUGGGAUUUGUGUAUGUUGAUGAAGGAGAAAGGAUUACUAGCAAAACCUACGCACCAAAACAUCAUCCGUCUUGCCCCACCCCUAGUCAUCACAGAGGAGGAAAUCCAGCGUGCGUUGGCUAUCAUUGCGGAGGCAGCAGCGGAACUUCCCCAUUUAAAGGGGGAGAAGGAGAAGCAGGUCCUCCCGGAAGGGGAGAAGAAUGUUCACAUUGGCGUGGACAAUUAA